UAUAAAUAAAUAGAUAUGGUUCCCAUAUGUAUGUGGUAAGCACAAGUUUGAGAGUUGAAAUAAAAGUAGAGAAACAAUGAACUCUUCUCUUCAUCUCACAUUCACAGCUUUAUGGUGUGUAGUGGUUGUUCUUGGAGGGUUACCCUUCUCUUCAGAUGCACAACUUGAUCCAUCCUUUUAUAAGGACACUUGUCCUAAUGUUCAUUCCCUUGUUCGUGACGUUAUAAGGAAUGUUUCUAAGACAGAUCCUCGUAUCCUUGCUAGUCUCAUCAGGCUUCAUUUUCAUGAUUGUUUUGUUCAAGGUUGUGAUGCAUCAAUCUUAUUAAAUGACACUUCAACAAUAGUGAGUGAACAAGGAGCAUUCCCAAAUAACAACUCAAUAAGAGGUUUGGAUGUUGUGAAUCGAAUUAAAACUGCGGUGGAAAAUGCUUGUCCUAACAUAGUCUCUUGUGCUGAUAUUCUUGCACUUGCUGCUCAAAUUUCCUCUGUUUUGGCUCAAGGUCCUAAUUGGAAAGUUCCAUUAGGAAGAAGAGAUAGUUUAACAGCAAACCAAUCUCUUGCUAAUCAAAAUCUUCCAGGUCCUUCUUUCAACCUUACUCGACUAAAAUCUGCUUUUGCUGCUCAAGGUCUCAACACAACUGAUCUAGUUGCACUUUCAGGUGCUCAUACAAUUGGUAGAGGCCAAUGCAAAUUCUUUGUUGAUCGAUUAUAUAAUUUUAGCAGUACUAACAAUCCUGAUCCAACUCUCAACACAACCUACUUACAAACACUACAAGCAAUAUGUCCAAACGGUGGACCUGGUACCACUCUUACCAAUUUGGACCUAACCACUCCUGAUACAUUUGACUCUGCCUACUAUUCCAAUCUUAAAAUUCAAAAGGGAUUGUUUCAGAGUGACCAAGAGUUGUUUUCAACCAGUGGUGCAGACACUAUUGACAUUGUCAAUAGUUUCAAUGACAACCAAACUCUUUUCUUUGCAAACUUUAAGGCCUCUAUGAUUAAAAUGGGUAAUAUUAAUGUGUUAACUGGAUCUCAAGGAGAAAUUAGACAACAAUGUAACUUUAUUAAUGGAAACUCUGUUGACCUUGCUACUACUGUGACUAGAGAGUCGUCAGAAGAUGGCAUCGUUAGUUCAUACUAAGUAAUUUAAUUAGCAAAAGUAAGGAACCUAAUAAAGAUUAAAGAGUGUGGUCUAUCUUCUAGAGGCAUAUACAUGCCCUGUUCUUGUGGUGGAUGGUGAUAGGUUUUGUACUUUUUGUACACUAUGGCCACGUUUGUAAUAUUUGUUUUCCUGUGUUAUGAUAAUAUUGAUCAGAAAUGGUAUAAAUAUAUAUACCUUCAUAUA